AGCACCCAUGGGUGUCCGGGGUGGCCCUGCAAGGUGGGGGCCGGCGAGGGCUAUCCCCCCCCCGGCAGUGUCCCCAAGCUCAGCGCAGCAGGACGCAGGCCUGUGACAUGGGGGGGUGCAGGGGACCCUCCCAACCACCCCCCUGCCCUCGCAUGGGGGGCACCCAUGGGUGCUGCCUGCCCCCUUACGUAACCCCCCCCAGCCUCCCCGAGCUGCUCCUUUUCCGAGCCCUAAUCUUUUCCCAUCUUGGGCUUCGGCUAAUUGGAUUCACCCCCCCUCCCGGGGGGGGGGGUCACGUGGCGGCAUAAAAAGCCCCCAAGCCCCGGCGGCCCAGAAAUCGGGUCCCCCCCGGGCAGCUGUGGGAGAGAGCGUGGGGGCAGCCGGGCGGCAAGGAGCCCGGCAGCGCUCGCGGCAGCCCCCCCAGCCCCCGGCACCCGCCUCGGCCUCGGCCUCGCCGGGCGCCCCUCUCCCGGCCAGCCCCCCCUGCCCACCCCCCCCCGCGGAGCGCUGGAAGAGCCCGGGGACCUAGAGGAGCUCCUCGAGGAGUUGGGCGACCAAGACGGGGCCAUGGGCAGCGGGGCCAGCGCCGAGGACAAGGAGAUGGCCAAGAGGUCCAAGGAGCUGGAGAAGAAGCUCCAGGAGGACGCGGACAAGGAGGCCAAGACAGUCAAGCUGCUCCUGCUAGGAGCCGGGGAGUCGGGCAAGAGCACCAUCGUGAAGCAGAUGAAGAUCAUCCAUCAGGAUGGCUACACGGCGGAGGAGUGCAUGGAGUUCAAGGCCGUCAUCUACGGCAACAUCCUGCAGUCCAUCCUGGCCAUCAUCCGCGCCAUGUCCACGCUGGGCAUCGACUACGGCGAGUCGGGGCGAGCGGACGACGGCCGGCAGCUCUUCAACCUGGCCGACUCCAUCGAGGAGGGCACCAUGCCGCCCGAGCUCGUGGACUGCAUCAAGAAGCUGUGGAAGGACAGCGGCGUGCAAGCCUGCUUCGACAGGGCCGCCGAGUACCAGCUCAACGACUCGGCCGCCUACUACCUGAACCAGCUGGACAGGAUCACGGCCCCCGACUACCUCCCCAACGAGCAGGACGUGCUGCGCUCCCGGGUGAAGACCACGGGCAUCAUCGAGACCAAGUUCUCCGUCAAAGACCUGAACUUCAGGAUGUUCGACGUGGGAGGACAGAGAUCGGAGCGCAAGAAGUGGAUCCACUGCUUCGAAGGGGUGACCUGCAUCAUCUUCUGCGGGGCGCUGAGCGCCUACGACAUGGUGCUGGUGGAGGACGACGAAGUGAACCGCAUGCACGAGUCCCUGCACCUCUUCAACAGCAUAUGCAACCACAAGUUCUUCGCCGCCACCUCCAUCAUCCUGUUCCUCAACAAGAAGGACCUCUUCGAGGAAAAGAUCAAGAAAGUCCACCUCAGCAUCUGCUUCCCCGAUUACGACGGUCCCAACACAUUCGAAGAUGCAGGAAAUUACAUCAAGACCCAAUUCCUUGAUCUGAACAUGCGAAAAGAUGUCAAAGAAAUCUACAGCCACAUGACCUGUGCCACAGACACGCAGAACGUCAAAUUCGUGUUCGAUGCAGUCACAGAUGUCAUCAUCAAGGAGAACCUCAAGGACUGCGGUCUCUUCUGAACAGCUGCGUGGCAGAAGAGAAAAUGACUUCUAUUUAGCAUCACCAUUCUGCUGAGCAGAGCCAAAAGGAUUAAGCAAAAAAGUCACUUGGACCCCACUUUUUCUAAGACCAGCCCAACCAAGCCACAUACUUUCAAGACCAAAAUAGGAGGGGCUGCAGCUGAAUUUCCUGCUCUUUCAUGGCUAGUUCCUUUUUUUAAAAAAAAAAAAGAAAAAAAGAGAGAGAGAGAGAGAGAAAGAAAACCCUACUCUCUACAGUGCUUGAAAAAUCAGCAUUUAUAAAUGUGAUCUGGAGGAGUUUGCCACACCAAGGAGAAGGCAGGCCCUGGUACACCAGCCAGAAUAAUAGAUACUGAGCCAUCCUACUUCCACCCUGCCACAGCUGCAGCUGUGCAAUAAGCCAUUCACGGGGAAACCCAAAAGCAAUGCUUCUGCAGGAGCCAGAGAAAGGCAAAUCCUCUGCCCUUUCCCUCUGCAAGGCCAAAGCUGUCUUCUUCUGUGUUACCAAAGCUUAAUUGGACUGAUCUGGGAGUUUCUGGGGAAGGCAGAUGCUGGGACAAAGCCCAGUUAUCCAGGAGUCAACUCCUGGUUAUGAACCUCAAUCCUUCUGUUGGAAAAAAUUUUUUUUUUCCUGCUGUAAAUAAGCCCCAAGACUUGAUUUCUCAGAAAAAAUUUUCCCUUGGAAAAAAGUUAACAAUUGCAGAGCCCUGCAAUUGUGCAGUCUGCCCCCAAACAGCCUUAAGUAGCUGAGGGACUAUUUCUAGUAGCCAUCUUUCUCUACACAGACACGCUCGCUCCUCACUCUCCCUCGUGUCUGUUCGCCCGUGCUAGGUAGCGGCACAGAUCCCAGCUCAGUGGUUUGCCUGCUCCCGAGACCCCUGCUCACACUGCUUCACCACCCUGAGGUGCAAAGUCACAGAAGCAGGCAAAAAGGAGUCCAUGCAUUAGGGUCUAGAGGAUUUGUCACACCUAGAGAAGAGGAACAAGGUCAGAUAAAGAGGAAAUGGUUAUUUGAAAGAUUCUCAUUCUGCUAUUUAGAGCUGUAUUUGCUCUUUACUGCUUGUAAAUAAACCUGUACUGUUACUGUAGACAAGAAGCCUUGUAUCUUCUUAGUGUUUACUGCAGAGAAUCACGUACAGCUUCAUUUAACUGUAGGAGGAAAAAAAAUAAAGGAAUAUGCAUGAA